AAGAUGGCGUCACUCCACAAACGUAGAAACGAAGCGGACAAGAGCUCUUCAGCUGAAGAUUCGUUCAUUAAACUCCAGAGUGAAACUUCUGCUAACGUCCCGACAGUUUUUGUCAAGCUGUUGGCUGCGGGCUUUUACGGAGUCAGCUCUUUCUUCAUCGUUGUCGUCAACAAAAGCGUCUUAACCGGUUACAGAUUCCCAUCGUCCACAUGUGUUGGAAUUGGUCAGAUGCUGGCCACCAUCAUAGUUCUGAGGACUGGGAAGAUGUUGGGUGUUAUCUCUUUCCCUGACAUGGAUUUAAGUAUACCACACAAGAUGUUCCCACUGCCUCUGUUGUAUGUUGGGAAUCAGAUAUCAGGGCUGUUUGGGACACAACGACUCAAUUUACCAAUGUUUACAGUUCUCAGGAGGUUCAGUAUUUUUCUCACCAUGGUGUUUGAGGGACUCCUGCUCAAAAAAACCUUCUCCACUUCCAUUAAGAUGACAGUGUUUACCAUGAUAUUUGGUGCUUUCAUCGCUGCUAGUGACGACUUAGCUUUUGACUUUGAAGGCUACUUAUUCAUAAUGCUAAAUAAUGUUCUGACUGCAGCCAGCGGUGCUUAUGUGAAGCAGAAACUUGACUCAAAAGAGCUCGGUAAAUAUGGACUGCUGUAUUACAAUGCUCUGAUCAUGAUUUUACCUACGCUGGCAUACGCUCACUAUUCAGGAGACCUACAGAUGGGGCUGGAGUAUAAAGGCUGGUCUGAUCCCCUGUUUGUUGUGCAGUUUGUUCUCUCCUGUGUUAUGGGCUUUAUUUUAAUGUACUCCAUCAUGCUGUGCACACAGUGUAACUCAGCACUUACCACCUCCAUCAUAGGGUGUAUAAAGAAUAUCCUGGUCACAUACAUUGGAAUGGUGUUUGGUGGAGACUACAUAUUCACCUGGACAAACUUUGUGGGUUUGAACAUCAGCAUCGCUGGGAGCCUGGUCUACUCCUACAUCACCUUCACACAGGAACACACCAAAAAGGAGUAAAUCGUGGAGUCCAGUCCUGAUACUCGACGUACUUGGACGACAUCGUUUUAAUGUGUGUAAUAAUACUUUACAAAU